CCACCUUGUGUACUGUCGUGAGUCGCGCAGUUCACUUGUUUUUUUACAUGACGCUUUAUGUACAAUUGCAAUAACUUUAUUAAGUUAUUUAUUGCCAUUCGCAACGCGUAUGUUUUCCGUGUAAAUGCGUGACAGAAAUGAAUAAUAUCGUUGUGUUUACGUCUUAAAUUCGUGUCGUUUUAUCUGCUGUUGCCUAGCAAAUCAAAAGCGAAACUCGCGUCAGUUGUUCAAGGAACUGAGUUUUAAGGAGCAGCGGGGUUGUGUACGUGUGGAUCAAGAUAAUCUGACUGAAGACAUGCAACAGGAUUGUCAUGAUGAAUCGGUGGAUGAUGUUCUACAGAGAGUGAAAGACAAACACAAAAGCAUCAUGAAGAACAAGUAUGAGAGUUUAUUUGAGGGAAUGAAAGCACAAGAGAAUCAAACGCUCCUGAAGAGAAUUUACACACAGCUGUACAUCAGAGAGGGAGAGAGUGAAGGAGUGAAUGAAGAACAUGAGGUUUUACACAUGGAGAAACAGCCCAGAAGAACACAAGACUUACAAGACACUCCAAUCUACUGCAAUGACAUCUUCACACCUCAAUCUCAUCAAAGACACAAAAUCAAGAGCGUUCUUACUAAAGGCAUCGCUGGAAUUGGAAAAACAGUCUCUGUGCACAAGUUCAUUCUGGAUUGGGCCGAGGGAACAGCCAAUCAGGACGUAGAUUUCAUGUUCCUGCUUCCGUUUCGAGAGCUGAACUUGAUUGGAGAGCAUCGCUACAGUCUUCACAAACUUCUGCUGGACUUUCAUCCUGAACUUCAAGAUGUGGACUCUCAGAUUUAUGAGGAGUGUAAAGUUGUGUUCAUCUUUGAUGGUCUGGAUGAAAGCAGAAUGACACGGAUGUUUUCAGACCACAGUGAGAAAGUUUCUGAUGUGACGGACGCUUCAUCAGUGGCCGUGUUGAUGUCAAACCUCAUGAAAGGAGAUCUGCUUCCCUCCGCUCUCAUCUGGAUCACCUCCAGACCAGCAGCAGCCAAUCAGAUCCCCUCCAAAUACAUCACGCGUGUGACAGAAAUCCAGGGAUUCGACGACGCUCAGAAGGAGGAAUAUUUCAGGAAGAGAAUCAGCGACGAGCAUCAAGCCAGCAGAAUCAUAUCCCACAUUAGAAGAGCGAGAAGCCUCCACAUCAUGUGUCACAUACCGGUCUUCUGUUGGAUCUCCUCCACUGUGCUUCAGAAGAUCCUGACACAAGAUCACAGUGAAGAAAUCCCCAAAACUCUGAGUGAAAUGUACAUCCACUUCCUGCUGAUCCAGAUGAAGAUGAAGAAUGAGAAGUAUGAUCCAGAGAGAGAUCCAGAGAUCAACAGAGAAGUGAUUGUGAAACUGGCUGAAGUGGCUUUCAAACAGCUGAUGAAGGGCAAUGUGAUGUUCUAUGAGGAGGAUCUGAGAGAGUGUGGGAUAGACAUCACUGACGCCUCGCUGUAUUCUGGCAUCUGUACUGAGAUCUUUAAGGAGGAAUCUGUCAGUCAUCAGAGGAAGAUCUACAGCUUCAUACAUCUCAGUCUUCAGGAGUUCCUCGCGGCGUUCUACGUGUUUUACUAUUAUGUCAGUGAAACUAUGGAGGGACUGAAGGAUUUUGCUUCAGUAAAGAAAUUGCACAAAGAAGCAGUAGAUAAAGCACUUGAGAGUGAAACUGGUCAUCUGGAUCUUUUCUUGAGGUUUCUGCUGGGCAUCUCACUGGAGUCCAAUCAGAGACUCUUACAGGAUCUACUGACACACACGGUGGACACCUCACAAACCAUCAAGAAAACCACACAGUACAUCAAAGAUCAAAUCAAGGGUAAUGAUGGUCUGUCAGCUGAAAGAUCCAUCAAUCUGUUCUUGUGUCUGUUUGAAGUGAAAGAUCAGACUCUGUACAGAGAGAUCGAGGAGUUUGUGAGAUCAGACAAACACUCAGAGAAGAAACUCUCGGCCGCUCACUGUUCAGCAAUAGCCUACAUGCUUCAGAUGUCAGAGGAGGUGAUGGAUGAGUUUGAUCUGAAGAAAUACAACACAACACAGGAGGGCAGAAGAAUACUCAUACCAGCUGUCAACAUCUGCACAAGAGCUCUACUUGCUGACUGUAAUCUCACAGUUGAGACCUGUAAAAUCAUCUCUUCAGCUCUUCAGUCCUCAGAUUCUCCUCUGAGAGAUCUUGAUGUGAGUAACAAUGAUCUUCAGGAUUCAGGAGUGAAGCUGAUCUCUGAUGCUCUCAAGAACACAAACUGUCAUCUACAGACACUGAGGUUAUCAGGUUGUAUGGUGACAGAUGAAGGAUGUUGUUAUUUGGCUUCAGCUCUGAGUUCAAACCCGUCACACCUGAGAGAACUCGACCUGAGCUACAAUCACCCACAACACUCAGCACUUCAGCUGCUCGCUUAUCAAAGUGAUCCAGACCACACACUCAACAAACUCAAUCUGGAUCAUGGGGGAUGUUUUAGGAUCGCACCAGGAUUGAGAAAAUAUGCCUGUGAUGUUACACUGGAUCCAAACACGGCAAACGUUCAUCUGGUUCUGUCUGACGGGAACGGAAAGGUGACGUAUGUGGACAAGGACCAGUCGUAUCCUGAUCAUCCAGAGAGAUUUAAACACUAUGAGCAGGUUCUGUCUAAAGAGAGUUUCUCUGGACGCUGUUACUGGGAGGCUGAAUGGAGCGGAUGGAGUUAUAUAGGAAUGACAUCUAAAGAAAUCAGCCGGGAUGGAGGAAAUCUUAAUAGGUUUGGAUACAAUGAUGUGUCCUGGUGUCUCUUCUGUGUUCCUGAACGAUACAGCGCUUGGCAUAAUAAUAAAAACAGAGACAUACCUGCUCCUUUACCUCGCUCUCAGAGAUUAGGAGUUUAUGUGGACUGGCCGGCCGGCACUCUGUCCUUCUACAGCGUCUCUGACACACACACACUCACACACUUACACACAUUCAACACAACAUUCACUCAACCGCUCUAUGCUGCUUUAAGAGUUUAUAACUCCUCUGUGUCUUUGUGUCAGAUUAAAUGACAUCCUGCGAUUUAAGGGGCCCUUCACACAGAACGCAUCUUUGCGUCUAAAACAGACGUCUCCGCUUUUUCUUUGAUCAGAUUCAGAGAAGUUCAUCAUCCUUUCGUACAGAUGCCUGGACAUUAGCCAACCAGGAACAACUCUGAAGGACAUGAUUCUUGCUCUUCAAUAACAGAAUGCAUUUACAAACACAAAAUCAGAAUAUUUAUCGCUGACCUGGUCAAUCUAUUUAUGUGUUAGCUUGAGCAACCUCUGCUGUCAAGUGCAAGAAUCCCACCUGAAAGAAGGAUUCUCAUUUGUCAGUUUCAUUCAGCAAAAAUUCAGUUGUAUAACUAUUUUCGUAUGACUAUUUUCUACUAUGGAGCCAGAAAUCUGACAAAACAAUCUGAAUUAGAAUUUUGUAAAUCUGAAAAUUUCCUGACAUUUAAUAUAGUUCUGAAUUUGAUUUUUAAUAUUUUAAUAUGAAUAUUUAAUCUCAUCAUAUGAAAACAGUGAAGAGUUGCUCACUGCACAGCUCUGAUCUCUCUGCUUUACAACAUUGAUACAGAGAGAAAUCUAACACAGAGGUCAAGGGUCAAAUUGCGCAACUAAAGCAAACACUGAUCUCUCUGCUUUACAACAGCACAUGCAUUGAUACAGAGAGAAAUCUAACACAGGGGUCAAGGGUCAAGAGCCCAACUAAAGCAAACACUGAUCUCCAUGAUGGUGGCAUCAUUUGAACCAAUAAAACAUCAACAUCUGAUCCUCUGUGAUUCUCAAUAACAGCAGGUGUUCAUCACUAAUGCUCAAUCAUCAUUUCAUUAGUCACUUAAUUAUCUCAUUAACUUUAACUCUUUGAGGACUUGGAUGUGACUUGACACUUGCUUGUGACUUGAAAGGAAUGACUUGGUUCCUCCUCUGGUGAAAUCAGAUCAUGGGUUCAUGGGUGAAACAAAAAUAUGGCAGGACUUUUACUCUUUGGCCCCUGGACUACACACCUCUGAUCUAGAGACAGUGCUGACAAAACGUUAUCAAAUGAUUUUUGAUUGGUCAAUCCGUUCUUGUAAAGUGCGUCAACCAAUUCGCCGGAGAGCUCGAAAAUGGUUCUCAUAUACAACCUUGACGAAAUCAAGGCGAGCACAUCAAAGGGUCAUGUGGCUGUAACUUCACGGCACUUUUGUGUAUUGACACAAAACUUGGUAUGCAUCAUCACACUGCAAAAAAUGACUUUCUUACUUUUUUUCUUGUUUUCCAGUAAAAAUGUCUACAAAUU